GUGCAGCCCAGGAUACGGUUGGCUUUUCAGGCUGCGAGGGCACAGUGCUGGCUCAUGCCCAGCUGCCAUCCACCAGUACCCCCAGGUCCUUUUCGGCAGGGCUGUGCUCCAUCCUUUCAUCCCCGGCUUAUCCUGAUAGCAGGGGUUGCCACGACCCAGGUGCAGACCUUGCACUUGGCUUUGUUGAACCUCGUGAGGUUCACCUGGGCCCACUGCUCAGCCUGCCUGGGUCUGUCUGGAUGGCAUCCCAUCCCUCAGGUGUGUCAACCACACUGCGCAGAAUAACAUCCAUGUACAUGGUACCUGACCAUAUCUGUAGAACAGGUUACAUCUUGUGGAGCCUCACGUCUUCAGUACUUAACAUUUGUGUCUCAGUCCCCUUAAUAGACGGUGCUAAAAGAAAAUGAUUUCCCCACAGAGCUGUGUGUCGUUUAAAAGGCUGUUCUCACCCUGCUGUGACAAUCCAGGAGACUUCUCGCGGUUUGGGAAGGAGUGAGGGGUUCUCCAGGUUUCGUUACAAGCAGGGACCCCGGAGUUGCUCACUGGUGGGAGAGCUCUGCCAGCACGGUCAGCCUGGGACCUUGGCUGUUUCAUCACAUCUCAAUUACUGUUUGGGUUAAAAGGGGAUUUAGGAGAGUGCUGGUAACUUAGGUUAUCACAAGACUCUGGUUAGAGUUACGUUUCUGGUACUCCUGGUGGCUGCCUGUGUUUUUUCCAUAGCGUUUGUUGCAAGUUAUGUUCUUCCUGCCGUAUCUGAUCGUUUACUUGUGUGUAUUCUAUUUACAUGUGUAUAUUUAUAUGAACUUCUAAAGCAGUGACCAACAGUUAGCAUCCCAUAUUAAAACCUUGAUGUUUUCUGUCAUUCGUGACUCAAAUCCCAUGUUGUCCCAGCUCACCCUGCUUGAUGGGAGCCUUGAAGUCUGUGUGUUACUUUUCUUCUCGUCCUUUCACAAACUCAACACUAUUUUACCUGUGUGAUCUACAGAUACGGGGCUGCACAUAUUUCUCUAUUUCUUGUUGGAACUUGGACAAAGCACUUGCAGAAGUAGCUCAUGUCUCAGGUUCUAUGUAACUAAUACAGCAUUAAGCUGUGUAAGGUCGUUUCAGGUACCGCGUGCUGUGCCUUGACAGUGAUUUUCUGUUUUUUUACUUUUGAAUGGUCUUUAUUUUUUAAAAGUGUGGUGCGUUUGGGGUUGUUCCCCCCCAGUUAGCCACCUGAAAGCAGAGAUUUAAAUAAUUAAAUGAGGAUUUUCUCUCCUUGUCCCAGUAGAAGGUCCUGAAGCUGCUGCAGUUCAGAGCUUUUUCCUUUCCCAUUCCUUUAUUUAUGCUGACAGCUCCAGAAUGAAUGGGACAGGAGCAGGUGAUCUACUGCACACAUGGAUAUUAUUUCUGGCCAUUGCGUAGGGUUUGCUAAUGGUAAUCUGUGGCCUAAAAGGGAUGGGCUGCCUAUUUAAAAGAACACUGUCAUGCCUUGAUUAUAUUUUUUCAUUAAAAAAAAUGUUCAUACAUGUUCUUUUUUUUUCCUUUUUUUAUUGCUCUGCAAGUUUCUUCAGAGGAGGAGCACGCAUUGAUCCGCGUUACGCCCGGAGCUGCUCCGCUGGAUGUCCUGCAGCUCCUACCAGACCAUGUCACCGUGCGGCCGCCCGCCCCGGGGGGCUGCAGUGCUCUGCAGGAGGGGCUCUGACUCGUUCCUGCCCGGCCCGGAGACCUGUUUGCAUGCGCUCCCAUUUGCCAUCUGAAAGUUGUUUCUUCGCAAGGAUACUGAGAAACAAUUGCAGGCCUCUCUUUUGGAGAAGCAAGCGAUCUGUGCCAGCCAUGUCGCUAGCUGAACAGGUUUCCCGGCGCUCUGGCUCGGUGGAUCUCUGUUAGUCACGCUGGAACCGCUGAGCGACGGCGUUGAUGUUGAGUGUGUUGUGUUUCAAGGUGCUGAGGAAAAUGCAGAGGCGGCACAGCAGCAACACUGACAGCGCUCCUCCUGAACGAAACCGGAGCCAGACGGUCAGUUCUGAAACUAGCGUGGAUGAAAGUGGAGUCUUUGAAAGCCUGAAGGCCGAGGCUUCCUCACCACAGCAGCUGUUCUCCGGCCUGGCGGGAAUCCCCUCGGGAUCCAUCACGGCCGCGCCGUUCCAGUCAGGCCUGGUCCUGGGCUCUUCGGCAGGAGGUGGGGAAGUGUUCAUUCAGAUGCCGGCCCCAAGGGAGGAGGGAAGCGGUCGCACGGAAGGAGCCCCGUUUCACCACCGGCCCCAGCCCCAUCAUUUCCACCACGGCCAUCACCGGGGUUCGUCCCUGCUGCACAUGGCCGGCGGGGACCGCCACGGGCACGCUGAGGAGGGCAGUGACGAGCAGGCUGGGACUCCCGCCCCGGCUCUUUCGGAGUUAAAAGCGGUGGUCGGUUGGCUGCAGAAGGGUCUUCCCUUCAUCCUGAUCCUCUUGGCUAAAGUCUGUUUCCAGCAUAAGCUUGGGAUUGCUGUGUGCAUUGGUAUGGCCAGCACAUUUGCCUAUGCCAACUCGACACUCCGAGAGCAGGUUGCUCUAAAGGAGAAGAGAUCAGUGCUGGUUGUCUUCUGGAUCUUGGCCUUUCUCACGGGGAACACCCUGUACUUGCUCUACACAUUCAGCUCCCAGCAACUGUACAACAGCCUUAUAUUUUUGAAGCCCAACAUUGAGAGAUUGGACUUUUUUGACCUGAUGUGGAUCGUGGGGAUCACAGACUUUGUGCUGAAGUAUCUCACCAUUGCAUUGAAAUGCCUGGUUGUUGCCCUGCCUAAGAUCAUCUUAGCCGUCAAGUCAAAGGGGAAGUUUUAUUUGGUUAUUGAAGAGCUGAGCCAGUUGUUCCGAUCCCUUGUCCCCAUCCAGUUAUGGUACAAAUACAUCAUGGGAGACGACCCAUCCAGCAGUUACUUCCUGGGCGGGAUCCUGAUCAUCCUGUACAGCCUCUGCAAGUCUUUUGACAUCUGUGGCCGUGUGGGAAGUGUCCGGAAAGCGCUGAAGGUCCUUUGCACCCCACAGACCUACGGGGCCCGUGCCACCAGCCAGCAGUGCAGUGAGGCAGGGGACAUCUGUGCCAUCUGCCAAGCAGAGUUCAGGGAACCUUUGAUCCUUAUGUGCCAGCACGUGUUUUGUGAAGAAUGCCUCUGCCUCUGGUUUGACAGGGAGAAGACCUGUCCCCUUUGCCGUUCUGUCACAGUAGAAACCCUGCGUUGCUGGAAGGACGGCACCACCUCCGCUCAUUUCCAGGUGUAUUAAAGCCAACGCGUGCCACCCAACGGAAUGGCAUGGGGAGAGAAGGAAGAGCAGAACAUCUGCUGACCCCAUGCCCCUGUUUAGUCGCUGUCUCAUUCUCCCAGCACUCUCUCUCCAGCAGCCAGCAGAACAGCAAUUGUUGGUAGCCAGAAAAGUCAUCCUCAAAGGCAAGGGAGAUGUGCUUCAUGUUGUGGCAACCUCUGUAGCUAAGCUAUGGCCAAGAAUUUUUCUUGAACUUACGUGACUUGAAACUGAUUGGUGUGUUUCCUUCUUCCUGUCCUUCUAGUAGAGGUAAGCGUUGCAUGGAGGAGGCUGUACCAGCAGUCCCCACUGCACGUGCAUAACCUGGUAUGCUGGAAAAAGCUGUCAUUCUCUGGCUGUAGCUUCCUUGAAUUUGUAACCUCAUAGCACUUCACAGUUGCUGUUACAUUACCUUAGAGAACUCUUCCAAACCACUCUUUAGAACCAUGUUCCCAAAGACUGUUUGGGUGCUGGAGACACGUCGUGUCCCAGUGACCGCUUCACAAACUGUGCGUGCUGUGUUGCCAUCUUCCCAACGCCUCCAGGAGCUCGGUGCUGGUGGAGCUGGAGCUGAUGCUUUCUUUCCUCGGGAAUGUUUUUCCUCUUUAGUUUUCAUGAGGGGCUUUCCUAUUUCUUGGCAGAUGGGAAGAGCCGUGGGAGGCAAGGAGAGAGUAAAGUCAGGUUUGAUUUGAAUGUAAGGUGCUAACCAGGCCAACCUCACAAGUGAAGGUGCACCGCGCUCCCCAGCACACCUCAGCGCUCUGCUUUGCACUCCAGGCUGCCUGCUCCAAGAGCCCUGGUGCAGCGCGGGGCCCAGGUAGCACUGUUGCUAGCAGAAGGGCUGGGGCAUGGGAUGCAGGGCCCCUGCAGAGACUGGCUGCAGUGAGAUUUGCUGGCUGGAGGGCAGGAUUAUACAGGAGCAGCUGCAUUGCUCUGAGAGCCAGCCUGGUUCAUAUCCAAGCUGGAUUGCCCACCUGAGAGGUUCAGGCUUCAUUCAAGCAGCUCCGCUUCAGAAAAAGCUCUUCAAGGAGAUGCCUGGUGUUGUUAACAAAAGAAUUUGCACUCCUCGUGUCUGAGGAAGAAGAGAUUGCUGCGGUUUCCAUCCCUGCUGAGUGUGCUGCAGGAGCACCAACAUGCGGAUGGAGUUGCUGUUCCUUUGCUAGAGCCUUCUCCUUCACUGCAAAACCUCUGCUUUGUGCUCCUUGCCCAGAGAGGGUGUCUCAUUAAGCUUUGUGGCAUCUUCUGUGCUCAUUGCUAUGGAAAUGGCCGUAAGGUUACAAUCCCACUUGAGUGGAUAAUCAGGAAGAGCUGUACCUGGGGGACACUGAGUGCCGCCAUCCCCUCCUGCUGCGGAACUCCACGGGGAGAAGAAUUAAAGCAAACAGCAGCUAAUGGUAACGGGAUUAAGGCUCACAUUCUGUUGGAAAGAAUAGUUAAGUAUGGCUGGAGGAGAGAGGAGGAGAGGCAGAGCCUGAACAGGGGAGAUAGCCCGCAUCUGCUUUGAGAGAUGCAGGGAAGCGGAGGAGGAACAGCCGUACUUCUCAUAACAACGCACUUUGAUUCCUAGCAAAUGGAUCCCAUGAAAGUGGAAAACCGAGGCAAGGAAUCCAGUGGCUACCUCCAGUGGGAACGCACUGCCUGGGAUGGGGAUGGAGAGCCCAGGAGGGAAGCAAGCACGGCUCUCGGUGCACCCAGAAAUGCGGUGACAGCCCGGUGCAUCCCCACAAAAGGGAACCCAUGGACCAGAGGGACGGGGAAUGACAGCUCACGGGAAACUUGGGUUGGUUUCCACGAGCAAACAGUGGGUUCGUGUGGAAGGAAGUUAUUCUCUCGAACUUUGGAGCAGAAAUAAAAAAACGGAGCCAUUUUUUUUGCCAUUGAA